GGAGGUCACAAACUGGAUCAGUCAGAGUCAGGCAGAAGUCGCCCAAGAGAUCCUCGGUAAUGGUAUCGUUUUGCUCCUGUCGCUGAUGGUAUUAGUUGGAGCCCGGUCUCCCCAGGAAAAAAAAAACCAAAAAAAAAAAAAACACUGCAGUUGAGGAUCGGAUGAAAGAUGACGCCCUGUGAACAGACUUGAGUGGAAGAUCAGACGGCAGAAGCGUCCCGGUGCUCGCGCGCUCCCCCGCAGGCUGUGUGCACAAGCAAAGCUGCCAGCCCGCGAGCCGACGGCUUCGUGUUGCGAGGGAAUUCCUGCAGUUUUUUUUUUUUUUGUUAUUUUUUUUUUUUUGCCGCCAUUGUGAGCAAGCGUGCGUGCGCGCAUCCCGACCGGCCUCGGCGGCGCCCUUCGACGCUGCCGUGACGUCGCGCCUCGCCGCGCCUUCCGAUUGGCCGCGCGCCGGAGGGAAGGGCGCGCUUGGUACCGACAGCGGGGGGAACGGGAAGGGGAGGGGCUGAGGUGUUGCGAGAGUGAGAGAGGCGCUAAGCAAGAAAGAUAGAUGCCGAGGCAAGCCGGCACUGCACUGCACACUUUUUCCACACUCCUGAUCUGCAGGCAAAACACUCGCACCGCACGACAGGAGGACAUUUAGGCAAAGAAUCAUCCUCAAAGCAACAGUUUCUAAAGAGCUCCUGGCUCACAGAAGAGUUGACAGCAAGGGCAGAAGCAAGGGCAAAGUCUCGCCCCCCGCCCCUUAUUUUUUUUUGGGGGGGGGGUGGAUGUCCUCACGACCACCCCAUGAGUGGCGCAGUCCGGGCUGCGACAUGGCAAGACGAGCGGAGGGCGACGCAUCCCCGAAAAAGAACGUACCGUUCAACCUCGUGACGGGAUUCUACCUCUACCUGCGCGACGAGCAGGAGGCCGUGCAGAAGAGGACGUUCACCAAAUGGAUCAACUCCCACUUGGCCAAGCGUAUUCCGCCGCUGGUGGUGACCAAUCUGUUUGAAGACAUCAAGGACGGAGUGAAGCUGCUCGCCCUGCUGGAGGUCCUGUCUGGACAAAAACUGCCGUGCGAGCAGGGCAGGAAGCUGAAGAGGAUCCACUGGGUUGCGAACAUCGGCACCGCUCUCAACUUCCUCCAGGGCAGGAAGUCUGCCUACAGGGGAUCGCCGAUCAAGCUGGUGAACAUCAACUCCACAGAUAUCGCCGACGGUCGACCGUCAAUCGUCCUGGGUUUGGUGUGGACCAUCAUUCUCUAUUUCCAGAUCGAGGAAUUGACCUGCAGUCUCCCAGCGAUCCAGGCCCCGUCAGACAGCUCCCCCUCGCUGAACGGCUCGGCCGCCGGCGCCGAGACCGCCAGCCCACCCGUGAAGAAGAGACCCCUGGCGCCCGUGCAGGGCGGCGCCCGGAAGGCCCUACUCAAAUGGGUCCAACAGACGGCCACCACGCGUUUAGGAAUCGAGGUGAAAGACUUCGGUGCCAGCUGGCGGACAGGUUUAGCGUUCCUCGCCAUCCUCCACGCCCUUCGGCCCAAUCUAGUCGACGUGGAACGUUCAAGAAGGCGCUCCAACCGAGAAAAUCUGCAAGAGGCUUUUCUGUUAGCCGAAACGCAUUUGGGUAUCGCUCAACUUCUCGACCCUGAGGACGUGGAUGUGGAGAAGCCUGACGAGAAAUCCGUCAUGACGUACGUGGCCCAGUUCCUGAAGCAUCAUCCUGACCGAGACGGCGGCGCCUCAGAGGGACGAGCGGCACAAGAAGAAGAAGUCGAGGAGCCGUCUGUCCCGCAGCAUGGCCUCGCUCCUCGCGAUAUCGAGGAAAUGCUGGAGAGAGAGCAGCGAAAGAGCCUGAGGGAGUUUAAAAUGUGGCUGGACCAGCUGGAGAGAGAUGUGCUGCACGCCCAGGAGUCUGAGGCCAAUCUCGCUCUACGGUACCAGUUGUUCAAGAGUCUGCGUGCGCAACUGGAGAUGCGCAGGAAGCAAGUGGAGGAUUUGUUAAAGUCCACGCAGAAGGACGGAAUGCUGACAGUAGACCAGGCGCUAGUCAAGCAAGCCUGGGAAAGGGUCUCCAACAGGCUCCUGGAUUGGCAUCUGCUGCUGGACACGUCCCUUCCUGCCCCUUUGGACUCCCUGGGGGCCUGGCUGCACCACACCGAAGGAACCCUGCGACAAGACGUUGGCGCACAACAAGCCGAUGACGGCAACGCUUCGGAACGACACGAGGACCUUUUGAAGAGCCUUGAGGGUCACCAGCAGGUCUUUCAGAGGAUCCACAAGGACAGAAGUAUCGACGGUGUCCCCGUGCCACCCGAACAGCUACAAGACAUGGCGGAAAGGUUGGACUUCAUCUCCACGACUUGCGGCGUCCAGCUGGCUAAGAUGGAAUUCCUGAAGCACAAACACCGCAUGGAGGCCUUUCUCACGGAAGCCGAGUCCAAGCUCAGAUCCUGGAUCGUCAAAUACGGCCGGCAAGAGUGCGUGGAACAGAUGCUGCGCGAUUAUGUUGUUUUUGUGGAGAAGCGGUACUUCUUUGAAAAUUACAAGACUUUGUACCAGUCAUUGAAAAGUGCUGGAGAGGUUUACAUCGGCGCUGACGGCUCAGCCGACGAGGGCGAGACGGGGGUCUCCCGCCUCUUGCGGGACGUGGCGGCCCAGUGGAGGAGCCUGUCCGUGGAGGUGCGCAGCGUCAGAAGCAUGCUGGAGGAGGUGCUGUCGAACUGGGACCGCUACACCUCCACCGUGGCCUCUUUUCAAGCUUGGCUGGAGGACGCCGAGGGAGCCCUCAGACAGCCGGAAAAUGCAAAGCAGGAGUUCUUCAGGAGCCUCGUCCACUGGGCGGACCAGCAUGCCGCCAUGAACGACGCCGGGAGUUUUCUCAUCGAGACGUGCGACGAGUCCGUGUCAUUUGAACUCAAGCAGCAGCUGCUGCUUCUCAACGGACGUUGGAGGGAGCUUUUCUUUUCGGUCAAACAGCACACCCAAGUCGAUGAGUUGGAAAAGUGGCGGCAAGACCAUCUGAAGGCCAUGUGGACUUUGACAGAACUUUUGGAUGCAGCAGAUGCCAGACUCAGCGCUCCUGUGCAAGUGUCUUUCCUCAGCGUACAAGCGUUUUUGCAAGAUGUGGAGAAUACCAAGCAAAAGGUUGUCGCCAUGGAGACGCAGUACAAGCUGGCCGGCCGUGGCGCUCAGCUCCUCGCCAAGGAUGCGCCGCGCGAUGAGGCCGGCAGGGUGAUCGCGGCCAUGACGACCGCGAAAAGUCAGUUGAGCCAGGUGAGGGAGCGCUGUCCCAUCUUAGUGAGGGAAUGUCACGCCCUUCUACCUCUGCUGGAGGAGAUGGAGAAACACAUCUCCAUCUUUUAUCAAGCCCUGGAGCGAGCCAGUCGUAUUACUGCCAGAGACGCAGACACACUGAGCCCAACCCUGCACAGACGCAAGUGGCAGGAAUUGCUGAACCAGCAGCAGAGUUGCAAACGGUGCCUGGCGGUGAUCGAGAGGAACCACCACGCGGUCCAGAGGGCGCUCGCCAACAGCAAGAUGCUUCAAAACCUGGACAGCGGCCUGCUGCGGAGGACGGUGGCUGAAGUGCAAGGCUCGGCCCAGGCGCUGCUAAAGGAGGUCGCGGAGUGGAGGAGGCGCGAGGAGGCCAACAACAGCCUGAGGGGGAGGUUCGAGGAGUCCAGACUGGAUCUGGAGAGAGUGCUGAAGAGAGCGCAGGAAUGUUUGGGAGAGACGGGGGACGCCGAGGAGUUACUGAACAAGCACACGGAUUUUUUCGGCCAGCUGGACCAGCGCGUGCUGAGCGUCUUCCUGAAGGCGUGCGACGAGCUGACUGACAUCCUACCGGACGCGGAGCAACGGGGGCUGCAAGAAACGGUCCGCAGGCUGCACAAACACUGGAAGGACAUCCAGGGCGAGGUACCGUUCCACCUGCUGCGUCUGAAGGUAGCGGUGGAGCAGAGUCGAGUCGAUGCCGUCCUCCAAGAGUGCAGAGCAGAACUGGACAGAGAACUGCACGUCUUGUCUGACUCCUCCACCAGCGAACAUGUGAUCCAAGUGCACAGAACGUUCUUCUGGGAACGCCAACCUCUGGCUGUGUGCGAGAAGCGGAUUAGGAACAUGGAAGACCUCUGUCACAAACUGCCUGACAACGACGUAGCUUAUCGAAGGCUGGAUUCCUCCAGGGCGGCCGUGGAGGACGUCGCGGAGCGCAUCAGAAGCACCGCCGUCCGACUGGAGCAGCAUCCCGAUAAGUGGAAAGAAUGGAAUGAUAGAUUUUGUGAGCUUUCUGACUGGCUGUCAUCUCAGAGGAGGCACCUAAAGGAGAUGACAAGAACCUCCGACCAGGAGCAAGUUGAUGCUGCCGUGCAAGCCCUGCGAAAAGCAGGAGACGCCCGAGAAGAGACCCUCUUGUGGCUUCAGAGUCAUCUCUCGAGCCUGACUGACGUGAGCUCCGAAGCCGACGCGCAAAGGCAGCGGAGCGCUCUCACCGAACUCUCAGCCGACUUUAAGGAGCUGUUGUCCUCACUUUGCCAGGGAAGCGUUGAGGCCAUCCAGUUCGAGGAGAUCAGGGAGGAGGUGCACGACGCUCUGGAGGAGGUCCUGAGAGCUGGGAUGGAAGCCGGAGAGCAGAUCAGCAGGAUCCUGGAUGCUGAGGACCUGCGCGAAGCCCAGGAACUAUUCCUCAUUCAUCAGCAACACCUAAAACAACUCCAGGCUCUUAGAAGGGAGGCAGAUCUUUUGGUCUCCCACUCGCAGCAGCUCCAGACCGGAGAGGCGCUGAGUCGCUCCGUGCGCGAGUUGGAGGAACGUGUCCGAGAAGUGGACCGCCAGAUCAGCGCCAAGGAGCGCGGCCUGCAGGCCACUUUGAGCUCCUGGCGGAACUUUGAAACCGAGUGGGAAACACUUCAGGUGUCUAUCAGUGACAUUACCGUUGACCUGCAUAAAGAGCUUAUAUUCAACAGUCCUGACAGCUUAAGGAGUGAAAUGGACCACGCCAAGGAGCUGUUUAUAAAGCUUGAGGACUGUUGCGUGAGAGCAGACGCCCUCCUGGAGGAGGCAGCGGAUCUUCAGCUUGGUCCUAAGAAUCAAGUUGCGGUGCUACAUCAGGCCCAGUCCACCAGGGAAGCUGUCAAGCAGCUUCACAACCACCUCAGCAAGAACGUUGCCCAGUUGGAGAGGACGUGCUCGUCGUGGGAGCGCUUCAACGACCAAUCGGCGAUGUUCUCUGCGUGGAUCAACGAAAACCAGAGUGCGCUGGAUGCCGUCAAGCUCACUUCUCCCACAGAUCACUUGGACAAACACAUUGGCACUGUAGAGGCGGUGUCCGAAAGUUUAGAGGAGAGGAGACUCUCAUUACUCCGCAUGCAGGAGGACUGCGAGGCGCUGUCCAGGUUUGUGAGCGCCGGGGAGACGGAACGUGUCCGGGCGCGGCUCGCCCAGAUGAGGCGCUCCUGGGAAGAACUGAUGGAGAGAACAGAGCAGCUUGCGGGACGGCUCAACCAGAGCGCCUCCUACGGGCAGAGGUGCCGCAAUAACCUAGAGCAGGUCAAGAAAGCUAUGAACGACCUCAAAGAGAAACUUGACACACCUGUCAAGUUUUGCUCAUCAUCAUCACAGACAUACAAGAACAUACAGAACCACGCGGAGGUGUGCCAGUCGCUGGAUCAGCUGAAGCCCAAACUGAUGGCUCUGCGUUCUGCUGUGAGGAGGCUGGGAGAGGCCACCAAGAUGGAGCAAGAAGUGCUUCAUCUCCACAAGCUGCAAGGAGACUUAUUGGAAAAGGCCAGCGAGAAACAAUCGACGCUGGAGAGCAUUCUCACGCUGUGGCAAAGAUUUGAAAAGGAAAACUCGUCCAUGAAAAGCUGGCUGGAUGGCUGCGAGUCCGUCUGCCAUCCAGGUGACAAAUUGCUCUCCUCAGACGAGGUGAAGCUCACGAUGGAGCUGCAACGCAUUCAGGAAAUGCAGAAGGAAACCUCCUCCAAUGACGCCCUACUCCAGGGUCUGUUAAAUAUCGUGGUCUGUCUCUCCCCGUCUGCAUCCGAAACUCGAGUCCAAGAGCUGAAUGACGAUCUCGCCCAAGUACAGGAGAGAUACAUUUCACUGAAGACCAACAUCAUACGCAGACGAGAGCAGCUGGAGUGUCGGUUGUCGCAAUUGAACCUUUUCACCGAAGCUCUUCUGACACUGAGCCAAAAGAGCGAUGAAUUCCCAACCGUCUUGAGAGGCUCUCUUCAAAUUGAUGCUACUGAUAUCGACGGCGCAUUCACAGAGCUCAAGGAGCACGACUCCCAGUUAAAGGCUCAUUCGUCACUGAGAGAGGCUCUCCAACAAAGAGAGUCUGCCCUGCUUCCACUCUCCACCCCAGAAGCGAAGCAGCAGCUGCAGGCCUGGAGAGAAGAUUGCCUGCAACCCUUCGCUGAAUGUGAACGUCUGCUGCUUCUCCGUGAAAAGUGCCUGGACGGGCUAAAUGCCUUCCUGGAGAAGCGUGACGCGGCAGCGGGGGUGAUCGGCCAGUUUCACGAGGCCCUGGUGAGGAAAGGGAGCUGGGAUCCACUCCAGGCAGAAGAACUCCGCCUCCUGAUAGGGGAGGUCACGAAGGACGCGGCCCACCUUGAGGCUGAGGCCGUGGGGUUGGACGGACAGCUGAGCAAGGCCCGCCUUCAGUUGCGCGCCUCCAAAGACGCGGGCGGGAGAACCACCUGCAGGGCGCUGGCCGUGGCCCUCGUCACAUCCCUGGAGGAGGCACAAAGCGGUUUGGGAUGGAAGCAGAGUGAAGCAGACGCCCUCAGGGCAAUGUGGAGCUCAUUCAGGGGGAAGAAGGUGGAGAUAAUGAAGAAUCUGGAGACCUUGCAGUAUCGAACAAGACAACAGGGGCUCAAAGAGAGCUCGACGCAAGCAUUUAAAAACAGGCUUUGGUACUUGGGCCAGCUGGAGGAUGAGCUCCAGUCCCUCCAUCAGUCCCAGCAGUGGUUCGAGGAGAACGGGAAGCAGCUGGCCCAGAGGGACACUGAGCGGGCAGGGGAAGCCCUGAGAGAUGUUAACGUGGUCAAGGCUGCCUGGGACUACGUCAUGACUCUGAUCACCAAAAGUCGGGAACAGAGUCGAGGGAUACUCGACCUCCUGCGCCGUUACCAUCAGUUGAGGUCCAUCCUCAGUGGUUCUGUGGCGAAAGCCCAGGCGCUCGCUCACAACCUGCCCGACCACAACCACAACGCUCAAGAGGCCAGGAGGUCCUUCUCACGGCACGAGAAGCUGCUGGGUGAGCUCAGAGAAAAGCAGGAGGACAUGGACAAGCUCAUCAGGACAGUGGAGGACCUGCAGAGAGAACUGGAUCACGUUCCCGACUGCGACACAAGCCUCAUCCACGGAGAUAUGGUGGGGUUCAGGGCCCAGUGGAUCGAGGUUUCUGAGAAAAUUCAAACCAACACUGAAAGAUUAGGCUACUGUGUGACCCUCUGGGACGAUCUCAAGCUGAUGGAGCAGGACAUGAACCAAUGGACCGUCGCCACCGCCAUCGCUGAACUCACCAACCUGAGCGACAACGAAACCGAGGGCCACCUCGUCGCCUUUGAGGCUGAAAUGGAGAAGAGGGAGCAGUUGCUGGACGCGCUGCACGGGAGAGUUGGGGAGCUCAAGGAGCACACAAAACUGGAGGAAACUCCCUUACAAAUGCAGGUCCUGGAGUCCGAGCUGAGGAAGAAGCUGGUCCACGCUCAGGAGGUGUUCAACCAGGCCAAACAAUCUCUGACCCACUUCACAUUCCAGAAGCAGCGUGUGGAGGACCUAAUUUCCACGACGACCGAGCGGCUUGAAAAAGUCGAGGCAUCCUUAUCGAGUCUUGAUGAAGCCGCCUCCUCUGAAGCCAUUGGGUCUCUUAAGGGUCUGCAGGGUGUCGUUGAGCAGCAGAGGGCAGACGUGGACUCAGCCCGAGAGGCCCUGAGCGCCCUGUGCAGGUCGCAUCCCUCCCCGGAGCUCCCCCGCCUCUCAGCCGACCUCGCAGCCGUCGCCCGGCGCACCGAGGCCGUCGCGCAGCGCUGCGCCAAGGCCAGGGGCAACCUGGAGGACGCGCUGCACCUCCACUUCCACCAGCUUUUCCAGGAAUUCCACUCCUGGCUGUCGGGAUUGAAGUCGGAGUUGAAAGAAUGCUCAAACCAGUCAGGAGAUGUUGGGAUCCUCACAGCAAACUUGCAAAGACUGAAGAAGUCGUCAACAGAGUGGACGUCAGAAGGCCAGGGGCGUCUCUCUCGGAUUUGUGCGGAGGCGGAGAGACUCCACCUCCACCUGGCAAAAGCCGAAGCGACGCAGCUCCAGGAGCGCCUCUCCACCUGCCAGGGAGGGUGGACGAGCUUCCUGCACGACUGCUCCCAGAGCCUACAAGACCUGGAGGAGAACAUUCAUCUCCUCAAAAGUUUUGAUGACGCUGUAGAAAAUGUCAGACAAUGGCUUCGGGAGAUGGAGCUCAGCCUCAGCAGGGAGUCUGUUGUUAAGGCAGACAGCCAACAAGGUGCCCAAGACACCAAAGAGGAACUGGACAGGGUGGAAAACCUCCAGAAGGAGCUUUUAGCCAGACGAGAGGAUAUUGAGCGUAUCAUCCAGGACGCCCAGACCUUGUCUGAAGCGGGACGGGGGUCCGGCGGAGAGGUCCGUGCGGCGGGACGGCUCCAGAUGGAGCACCAGGCUCUGCUUAAUGCCGCUAGGGUGAGGCUGCGAGGCUGCCAGGAAAACCAGGCCUUUGGGGAGACCCUGCAGGGGCUUUGGGCCUGGUUAGAGGAGGUUCAGGAGAAACUGGGGACAGCUGAUAGCACAAUGGGCACCAAGGAGCAGUUGGAGCAGAGACUGGAUACCGUGCAGGAUAUCCUGCUUUUGAAAGGAGAGGGCGAGGUCAAACUGAAUAUGGCGAUGGGCAAGGGAGAGAUGGCCCUGCGCAGCUCCGGCGCCGCCGGACAGGAAGCGGUGCACUCCCAGCUUCAGGAGGUGGAGGAUGCCUGGGCCACGCUGCUGGUGACUGCCAUGAGCUGCCACAGUCGUCUCGAAUGGACCGUGUCGCAGUGGGCCGGGUACGUGGAGAACGCGACCCAACUCCGACGCUGGAUGGAGGCCGUGGAGCGGGAGGUGCGAGCCUCCCUCGCCCCACAGGCGGGGCCGAGGGAGAAGGCCUCCCAGCUGGAGAGACUGCGAGCCCUGCUGGCCGACAUGGACGACCACCAGUUGGCCUUGUCCAGUCUGGAGGAAAAAGCCAGGGAACUCUUCAAGAAGACGGGCGACGCCGCUUUUAACCACGGCGCCCGAACGCAGCUGCAGGUGCACUUCGACGAGCUGGCAGCUUUGGUGGAGGAGAAAGUACGCCUGGCGCAGAGGAUUGUGCUGGAACACCAGCAAUACUUGGAGGCUGUCCGGGAGCUCACUGAUUGGCUGAUGAGCGCAGGGGAGGAGCUACACCAUUGGUCAGAUGCAUCUGGAGACUCCCCCUCCAUCCAGAAGAAACUACAUGAAGUGAGGGAGCGCGUGGAGUGUCGACUCCUCGAGGGCCGCGAGCGCCUCGGCGUCGUGCGACGGACCGCGACGUCCGCGGCGGAGCACACGGCGGCGGGGGGCUGCGAAGCCAUGGACCGGCAGCUGGGGGCGCUGUCCCAGGCGCUGGAGCAGUGGGAGGGCGCCGCUCUGAGGGCCAGGGACGCCCUGGAGGGGGCACUCGCUGCCGCCGCCGCCUCCGAGGAGGAAUACGAGCGUCUGACCUCCCAGCUGGAAGACGAUUUGAAAGACCUGGAUCGUCGACUCAGGGGGUGGAGCCAGGAGCUGACGAGAGCCGAGGGGCAGUGCAAUGGUGACGAGGCGGUGACGGGAUGGCAACUGGCUAAGGAGAUACUGGAGGGCCUGCAAAGCGUGGAGCCGAUGGCAGAGAAGUUGAAGGGUCAACUCAACGAGCUGGUGCAGUACUCCAGAGACUUGGGCUCCCAGUCCGACCGCGUCACUGCGCUCAUCAAGCAACACAACAGUCUCAGUCUUCGCGCGUCCAGGGAGUGCCAAAACAAGGAGCGCCUCUUGGAGCAGCGCUUCCGCGCCGCCCUGCGAGACUUCCAGCAGUGGUUGGUCAACGGCAAGAUCUGCACCGCCAAAUGUUUCGACGUGCCGCAGAGCGUGGCGGAGACCUCCGGCGCCCUGCAAAGAAUACAGGAGUUCUUGAGUGACAGGGAGCACGGCCAGGCCAGACUGAGUACGGUGGGAACCGGCGGGGAGCUGCUCAUGGCGGUGGUGUCCAAGGAGCGGCUUGAAGGGAUCAAGGCCAAGGUGGCAAACGCCAGAGACGACUGGAAGAGCUUGAUGAAUAACCUUCAACUGAGGGAGGAUGCGCUCAAGGACCUGCUCUGUCAGAUGACAGCGUUCGAAACCAGCGCCGAGCCCCUGCAGGAGUGGCUCAACGGCGCCGAGGUCAGAGUUCAGGAGAGCAGCGCCCGGCUCCACGACCUCUCGGCUAAGAAACAGGAGCUCGGCAAACUGCAGAGCGUCCUGGAAGAGCUGGCGGGUCGCGAUGCGGAACUGGGGCGCCUCAGGGAGCGAGCUCACGGUCUCUGGGAAGGUCAGGCCGCCGGCAAGGGCUUCGUCCACCGAGUGUCCCAGCUGUCUGCGCAGUACUUGGCUCUCAGCAACUUGACAAAGGACAAGGCCUCGAGGAUUGAGCGUGUGGUCGGCGAGCAUCGCCUCUUCUCUGAGGGUCUCAAAGAGCUCCAAGAAUGGGUGUGCGAGGCCAAGAGGGUCCUCGCCACCUGCGCCUCCACCACCUCCGAUAAAGCCGUGCUCGAGGACAGGAUGCUGCAGCUUGAGGCCCUGCUCGCCGCCCGCCAAGAGCGGGAGAUCCAACUGAAGAUGCUGCUCACCAGGGGCGAAGCCGUUCAGAGGAACACGUCGGCCGAGGGCGUCCCGGUGAUCCGCAAACAGAUCCAGGACCUCAAGGAUUCCUGGGACUCGCUGCUCUCUGCUUCUAUCAAGUGCAAAAGCCAGCUGGAAGGCGCCUUGUCACAGUGGACCAGCUACCAGGAAGACGUGGGCCAGUUCGUGCUCUGGAUGGACCGCGUCGACGAAACGCUGAGCUGCUCGGACAGGCAGUACUCGGAGAUGAGAGACAAGACCGCGAACCUGGGAAAGACCAAGCUUCUGUAUGAAGAAGUGCUGAGUCACAGUUGUCCUCUGGAGACCAUAGCAACAAAGGGGGCCAACAUGGCGGACCACUGCAGCACGCAGCAGGAAGUGAAGCAGCUCCGGAGCAGAUACACCACCCUGGAAGAAAAGGCCAAGAAUGCAGUCAAUAAGGCCGAGGGGCUGGUUCUGAUCCACCAGGAGUAUCAGCAAGGGCUGCACGUGUUCGAAGACUGGCUGGAGCGGGAGCAAUCCACUCUGGUAUCGCUGUCCCACCCCGAAGGAGACGUGGAGACACUUGAGCGCACGCUGAAACAGCUUCAGGUUCAACAGGAGCGCUGCGCGGACGGCCAGUCGUUGCUGUCGUCAGUGCUGACCAGCAGAGAGCGGGUCAUCCCGUGGGGCGUACCCCAGAUCGAGGACCGAGCCCUGGACACGGCGCGGCGGGACUGGGGGGCCUACCGGGCCCACCUGGAGGAGACCCAGACCCAGCUGAACUCCACCUUGACCAGACUGAGAGAGAUGAGCCAGAAGUUCCUCACCUUGGCUCGCUGGCUCGAGGAGAUGGAGAAGGAGGCUGACUUGAGGAGUCACCGGAGGUCAGACCGAAGCACUAAGGAGACCCAGCUGAAGAGACUCAAGUUGUGUCUUGACGCGGUGCUGACGCGGCAAGACCAAGUGGACGGCCUCGCCUCUCUGGCCCAGCAGGCUUUGGAAGAAAGCCACGUCAGCGGUCGCGUUAGCGUCACGGCAACCCAGCUCGCUGCACGCUACCACGCGCUGCUGCUCAGCAUACAGGAGACCAUCAAGCAGCUGCAGGAGGAGCUGACGAGCAUACAGGCGGCCGAGAACCUUUGCGUGUCCUUCACCGAGUGGCUCGGCUCCACCCAGGAAAGCUUCACGGAAGCGACUGACGCUUCGGAGCCUCUGGACCGCAACACGCUCGAGAAAAAGCUGAAGAAAUUGGAGAGUCUACAGGCCGAUCUUCACCACGGUCACGGCAUCCUGAAGUCUCUGAGGGAGAGUUCCGAGCAGGCCGCGAACUUCCUAAACGAAGACGGCGCCGAGAGCCUCGGAGGGGAGGUUGAGGCGCGUCUUUCCCAGCUGGAGGAGUUGGCCGGCUGGCUGAGGACCGAGCACAGCUUUCUGGAGCGCGCGUCGCUGCUGGCGAAGGAGUUCCAGGAGCGCUACAGGGCCCAGGCCCAGUGGCUGGUGGAGACCAAGGCUUUGCUGUGCUCGCUGCCAGAACCCAAGGCCGAGCUUUACCAACGGAGGGGCCAGCUUACCAAAUACAAGGCUCUGCUGCAGAUGGUCCAGACCCAUGACACCUCCGUCAGGUCGGUGGUAGAGAAAGGUGACGCUCUCCUGGCAUCCGUGCACUACCCUUCAGUCCGAGACAAAAUGAACCGGCUGCAAAAGGACUACGCCGACCUCCGUAACACGGCCACGGCUCAUGUGGCGCAUCUGGAGGCCCAGGUGAGGGAGCAGGAAGUAUACCACAACCAGCUCCAGGACGCCGAGCGCUGGUUGCUGCAGAUGUCCAGCAGGAUGGUGACGCCUGACCCCAGCGUGAGCCGCAGUCUGGAGGCGGCCACUGAACAACUAGCCAGGCACAAGGCCAUCAUGGAGGAGAUCGCGGGCUUCGAGGACGGCCUGGCAGCCUUGAAACAGCUCGGCGAGCACCUGGUGCGUGGCUGCGACGAGCGCGUGCAGGGUCGGCUGAGGCAGCAGGUCCACGCGCACCAGCAAGGCACCAGAGACAGCUACUCCGCCAUCUGCAGCACGGCGCAGAGGGUAUAUCAGAGUCUGGACCUCGAGCUACAGAGACACCUAAGUCUCCGAGACACGUUGGAGCAGUGCAAGACUUGGCUGACGUCGGCCUCUCGGGAGCCAGAACCCCCUGCGCUGACUCCUCUCAGCCUGGAGGAGGCGCUGCAGCGGGUGAAGCAGGAACGGACACUUCAGGAGCAGGCCAAUACUUACCUUCAGCUCGUGUGCGCCUCCUGUGACCUCUCACUUCCUCAAGUGCAGGAUGUGGCUACCGCUGUUCAGCAGGUCAAACUCCAGAUUGAGGAGCGGAUGCUUCUCUGCGAGGAAGUCGCCGAGAGCUGGAGGAGUGUUGAGGAGCACAAGGCAGAUCUGGAGGUGCGGCUGAGAGAGACGGAGCAGCAGUUUGAGAACCUCGUCAGGUGUCCUGCAGAACUCGAGCCCAGAAUUGCACAGAAUCAGCUGGACAAAGCACAGGAGUUCCUACAGCAGGUGCGGGAGAGGCAGUCCGAGGCGAGCCGCUUGAAGGAGCUCAUCGGUCAACUGACGGACGGACAGGACUGCGCAGCCCUGGAGGACGUGAGAAAGCUGCGCAGGAUCUGGAUGGAAAUGGGCCAGCGCGCCGAGGAGCACGAGGCGGAGCGCGGCGAGGACAUGCAGCGCAGCGGCGAGUACCAGGAAAGCGUGGCCGCCGUUGAGGAGCUUUUUCAUCAAGUGUCCAGGGAGUGGGACUACCUAGCCAGGGCUGACACUGAAAGUACGAGGGAGCAUCUAGAAGCUCUGAGGAAGUUGUCCAGCGAUCUGGUGGAGCAGCGAGCAACACUGGAAGAUCUCCGGGAACAGAAGCAAGCCGUCAUGCCUCGAAUAAGCCUGCUCGACAAGGAACUGGUCAAACAACAGGUGGGUCACCUGGAGCAGCGCUGGGCCCAGCUCGAGUCCCUCAUUCAGAAGAAGAUCCAAGACUCUUCUCAAACACUGGAGGAUCUGUCACGGGUGGAAACCCAGCUGAGGGACGCCCGCGAGUGGGUGGAAGAGCAAAGGCCCGGGCUCACCUCGGCCCUGAAUACCAGCCCGCCGCCGGACCUGGCCCAGAGUUUCCUGUUCGACCACCUGAGCGUGUGCGUGGAGCUGGAGGCCCGGCAGCAGCUGCUCGCCCAAGCGGUGAGCGAGGCGCAGGCCGUGGCGUCCGAGCUGGGGCUGAGUGAGAGGAAAAGCCUGCAGCGGCUCGUCGAACAAGCCCAGACUGAAGUGGAGGCCUUGAAGGCUCGGGUGGCCCAAAGGAGGAAGUACCUCAGCAAGGCCUUCACGGAGAGGACUCAGUUCCUGCAGGGCCUCGGCCGAGCGCUCUCAUGGGUACGACGGCAAGAGAGCAAGGCCACGAUAGACGACCACAUUGCGCUGCUCCCAGAAGACCUGGCGAAAGAGGUGGCUGCGUGUCGUGGCAUCCACAGCAGGCUUCGGGCCUACCAGAGAGAGCUGGCGUCGCUCUGGGUUCAAGGUCGGGAACUGGAGAGGGACGCCACAGACAAAGAGCGAGCAGAAACCCUGGCAAAACUCCAGAAACUGCAGGCGGUCUACGAGACGGCCUUCCAGAGAACCGGCCAGCGGAUCACAAUCUUGGAAAAAGCCUUGACGUCCAGGAAGUACUUCCAGGUUGACCUGAACAAGACUUGUCACUGGCUCAGAGAAGCGGAGGCUAUCACCUUCCCUGAAAUCAACCUGACCGGCGUUGAGGACGGCUCAGAACUGCAAGAGCAUCUGUCGAUGUUUCAAAAGGUCCUGGAACAAGCCUCGGAGAACGAGAACCUCCUGCUGAUCGUGCAGAGGAUAGGCCAGGAGAUCCUUCCCACCCUCAACGAGAUCGACCACUGCUACCUGGACGAGCGGCUCAACGCCCUCCCCCAGCAGUACAACGGCAUCCUGGCGCUCGCCAAAGACAAAAAAGACAGGGUCCAGCAAGUGAUCCUCGACAGGAAGGAGUUCAGCACUUUUUUUGGGGUGACUCAAAGCUCAGUGGAGAGACUCCAGGAGCAGUUUGACAAUCUGGAGAAGAAGACUAUCGGCGCAAGUGAAGCGGAGCUGGUUUGCUUUAUGGAUGACUAUCGCAAAAUCGACGAAAGCUUAGCAGUGAUCGGCAGUGCAGUAAGAGAAGUGCAGUGUAAAAAUGAGGCCUUUCUCAGUUUGGGCCACGCUUACAGGGCAGAGGAGACACGACAGCUGGUCCAUCUUCACACUACCUUGAAAAGGAAAACCAGUAAGACGCUUAAACAACUGGAUGAAGCCUUGAGAACAAUCGUGAAACAGAACACACUACUGAACAGCUUUGACCAGGAACUCAAGUCCGCCAAAGAUGAGCUCGUCGCAGUCAAAUCGGACAAAGAAAGAACUGUUAUUGAUAAAAUUGCAUCUCUUUAUGCCUUACUUGGAUGUUUAGAUGGCGUUUCAACCCAGGCCAAAGAAUGUAGCCGGCAAACCGACAAUCUGGGCUUGAGGUUUGACCCCGACGCCUUGCAGAAAAUGACAGCCAGGCAGGAAUCAGCGCAGUGUUUGCGCUCGGAUGUGGAACUCUGCAUCGAAGAAAGCCGAACGGACGUCGCACAAUGCGAAGACUUCACGAGGGAGCUGGAGAAGGUGUCAGAAUGGCUGACAACGGUGAAAGACGCUCUGAGGGAACCGCUGACAGAAACCAAAGUUGAGAAGGUGCAGGAGAACAUGCGGAAAGCCGGGAUCUUGGAAGAGGAAGUGGAGAGCAGAUUGAGGAUAGCGGACGCAUUGUUUAGUCGAGAGGAACAAGGAUUUCGGAGUAGGAAGGAAAGUGUUCCGGUCCAUGUAGAGGAGAAAAUGAAGGAUCUGAGGACACGAGGAGUGCAAGUCCAAAAGGAAAUUAGACACAAACAGGUGACUCUGGCCCGAGUUCUCAAUCUGGUCCAGAAGCAUCACUCGUCACUUCAGAACAUGCAGCGAUGUCUGGAUUGUGCCGCCGAUUUCCUACAACAUAAAAGCGUAGGCGUGGAACUCCAGCACCACGCAGACUGCCUGCGGAACCUGGAAGAAAUCGACGUCCAGGACAAGAACCUGUCAGCUCUCUUAGAGGAGAUGAUGACUUCUGAGCCUCCUGCGGAGGCUCAUGUGAUGAGCGGACUCAGAGAAGAGCUUCAAGCCUGCCAACUGCGGGGGACUGAAAUCAGACAACAAAUGGAGGCCUGCAGAGAAGUUCAUGAAAGAUGUGCCUCACUCUGGGCUUCCUUCCAACACGAGAGAGCGAGGCUAGUCGAACAGAUGAACGACACGCAGAGCAAGAUGGCCGCUUUCGCCACGGCGAAAGCUGACAGUCUCCGGCAGGCGGAAGAUAAGUGUGACAAAUACAAGUCUCUGGUGACUCAAAGCGGCCAGCUGGAGUUCGCCGUCGACGCUCUGAAGGAGAAGGCGGCCGAGUUAGAGCGGCUCCUCGCCGAGUCGGGCUCGGCCGUCGCCAAUCGCGGGGUCUCGGCUCUACGCCAGCGCUGGAGCAGGCUCGGUGGCGUGGCGAGAUCCCAGGAGAGGGCGCUGGAGGACACAACGCGGGAAUGGAGAAACCUAUCGGAGAAGAUGGAUAAGGCGCGGUCCGUCUCAGCGGACCUCCACAGCCGCAUCCCAGACAGCACUGUGGAGAAGGCGGCCACCGGGGCGGCCCUCCAGAGCCUCCUGGAGUACCACGACUCCUUCGUCCUAGAGGUGGCGAGGGAGCAGUCCAUCCUGGCUCUGCUGGGCCGGUGCGCCCGCGGCCUCACCGGUGAUGAGGAGGAGUUGCAGAGGAAGACUGAAAAUGGCCACCAGGAAACGCAGUGCCAGGACGAGAUCAAAAGUAUGCAGGAGCAGUAUGAAAGUGUCGUCUCCCAAGUUCAGGCCAGCCGAACGCAGGUGCAACAGGAGUUGAGGGAGAGACAGGAGGUGGAAAGGGAGCUGGUCCUGGUCAAAGGUUGGAUUCAAGACACUCAAGGCUUGCUCCUGAGCCCCACCGCCGACCUGGACACUCUGCUACAAGAUUUAGAGACGGCACACCGCGGGGUCGUCAGCAGGCGUCAGAGCGUCGAGCGCAUGACGGAGUUGCAGCAGUCCAAGUACCACGACCUGCAGGCGGGUCUGCCGUCGGAGCUCGGCAUGCAGCUGGCGGAGGUGACGCUGGCGCUGGGCUCCGCCGAAGAUCAGGUCCAGGCCAGAGAGCGGGAGGUGCAACAGACGCGGGACGUGAAAGAGGACUUCAGCUUCCGGCUGAAGGACAUCGAGGCCAAGCUGAAGAACAUCGCGUUGAGAUUGGACGUCAAGGGCGGCAGUCUGGAGGAGGCCAAAGAGGAGAACGGGGUUCUCCGCGAGGACUGCGAGGGCUGCGCUCACGCCCUGGCAGAGCUGGCGGCGGCGCUGCAGGAGUUCGGCGAGCAGAACCCUCUGCUGUGCAAGCAGCUACGCGACGUCGUGGCCAAAAUAGCCGAAGCGCAGCGUCACGCCGUGCAGCAGGUCCAGGACAGAAGCAACAGGCUUAAGAAGGCAGAGAAGCAGAUGGCGGAAUAUCAAAGCAUGAAGGAAUUCGUUUUGUGUUGGACCGACAAAGCGGAGACUCUCCUGUCUGAGAACAUCAUUUGGAGUCCAAUAUCGCAACUGCAGGAGCAAAUUCGAGCAUACCAGGCGUUGCUGAGGGAGUGUCGCGGUCUCCACGGCGACCUGGAGGCCCUGGCCGAGCGCGAGGCGCAGCUGGGGGACGUGCUGACGACCAAAGGGUGGAGCCAGCAGGUGAAGCACCUCAGCAGACGCACGGAGGAGCUGCGGCUGGCGGUUAAGACUCGUCUGGAGACUCUGCAGGAUGCAAUGAAGGACAUGUUGCGUCUGGAGGCCGAGGUGAAGAGCCUCCACGCCGCUGUGGACCAAAUCCAAGUCACGCUGGCCUCCCCGGACCUCAACAGGCUCAGUCUGAGAGAGCAGCUCUCACAGAGACAACGUUUGUUGGCCGAGAUGGAGGGCUUCAAGCGGCAGGUGGCGGCAGUGCGGCAGUGUCAGAGCGCCCUGCGGCUCCCGGAGGAGGCGGCGGCCGCUCUGGUCGUCUGUCGCACGGCUCAGAGCCUGCAGCAGGAAACUAGCCAGCUGCAGCACACCACCAUCCAGCAGUGCAACAUCCUGCAGGAGGCCGUGGUGCAGUACGAGCAGUAUGAGCUGGAGGUGAAGAACCUGCAGAGGUUAAUAGAAGAAGCCCAUCGGAUCAUUCAGGACCGGCCCGUCUGCACCAGCAACAUUCAGGAACUCCAGGCGCAGAUACAACACCAUGAGGAGCUGGCCCAGAAGAUCCGCGGCUACCAGGAGCAGAUCGCCUCGCUCCACUCCAAGUGCAAGAUGCUGACGGUGAAGGCGAAGCACGCCACCAUGCUGCUGACGGUCAGCGAGGCCGACGGCCUCUCGGACGAGCUGAGUGACGACGACGCGCCCGGCGACAAGCAGCUUCCUGCGCACCCUUCUGUCGUCAUGAUGACAGCAGGCCGCUGCCACACUCUCCUUUCCCCUGUGACCGAGGAGUCAGGGGAGGAGGGCACCAACAGCGAGGUCUCCUCUCCCCCUGCCUGCCGCUCCCCCUCCCCUGGGGCUAACGCUGACGCUCCCUUUAAUCAGGGUCGAACGGCUCUAAAUCGAGCGCCGCUCCAGGAGCUUUACGACCCGUCUGUGGAGUCCAGCACCGCCAACCUGGAUGACCUGCAGAGAUCCUGGGAAACGCUCAAGAACGUGAUAAGCGAGAAGCAGAAGAGUCUGUACGAAGCCCUGGAGCGACAGCAGCACUACCAGGAGUCCCUGCAGUCCAUUUCCACCAAGAUGGAGUCCAUCGAGGCAGCGCUCGGCGAAGGCCCGGAGCCCGGCAAGACCCCCGAGAGCCAGAUGGCGACGUAUCAAGCUCUGAUGGACGAGAUCCUGAUGCUGCAAGACGAGAUCGGCGAGCUGCAGACGUGCUUCUCGGAGGAGCUGGCGGACGGAGACGGCAACGGCGAGCCCGCCGACCAGCUGGCUCUGCAGUCCACGCUCACUGUGCUGGGAGAAAGAAUGGCCACCAUCAGGAUGAAGGCGUCUGGCAAACGCCAGCUUUUGGAGGAGAAGCUCAGCGAGCAACUCGAGGAGCAGCGUCAAGAACAGGCGCUGCAGCGUUACCACAGCGAGGCCGAGGAGCUGGACCACUGGCUGCUCAGCACCCGCGCCACCCUCAGCUCGGCGCUCCACCUCCAGAACGACGACCUCGACAUGGAGGAGCAGCUCAUCGACUGCCAGAACAUGCUGCUCGAGAUCGAGCAGAAAGUGUCGUAUCUGUCGGAGCUGUCGGUGCACAGCGAGAGCUUGCUCCUGGAGGGCCGGGCCGAGACCAAAGGCGAGGCCGAGCAGCUCACCCUCAAACUGCACUCCCUGAAGGACAGUCUGCUGGAGCUGCAGCAGAUGCUGCAGGACAAGCAGGUGGACAUACAGGGUUCAUUGCAUGAGCAGGACGACAGCGAGCCGGACUCGUCGCUUUCGCAGAGCCCAAACGUGCAGGAUUGGCUCUCCCAGGCCCGUUCAUCGCGCACGCAACAGCAUCAUGAAAACUUGCUGCGACAGAGGGAGCUUCAGCAGCAUGUAGCAGAGCAGAGGAGGCUGCUUAAGUCAGUAGCCAGCGUUGGAGAAGACUUACUCAGUCAACAGAUCACAACAAACGGCGAUAGUGAGGUGCCUCUUCCUGUUGGGGUGUUGCUGGAGGCAGAGAGCUGGUCUCACGGGGACCACUUGAGACAACGUUGGGAGAACUUGAACAAAGACCAGAGCACUAAGCUGCAGCUCUCGCUCAACACGCUGGAACAGGACCAGUUCAGCCCGAUCAUCCACCGGUCCCGUCUGACCAGUCCCAGCAUGGUGUUCAGGGGCGAGUCUAGCAGCCAGGACUCUCGCUCUCCCACGGCUUUAUUUGAAGCCUGCAGCCAAGCGCUAGAAAGAAUCAGUGAAGAGGCAGAGAGCGGUGACAAAAAGACGCCGUUCUCCCCGGGCGGCGUGGAGCUCCAGCAGAAUCUGUACGCCGCGGUGUCGGCCGCCUCCGCCUGGUUGGACGCCGCUGAGAACGAGAUGCUCUCGGGCCCCGUGCUGCUGUCCGAAGACACUGAGACCCAGCUUACUCAUCUGGAGUGCACUAAUAAAGAUCUGAAGGAGAUCAGCCGAGAGGUCCAUCGGUGCAGAGACCUGCUGGGUGGAGUUGCGGGCAGGCUGUGCGCAGGCCAGGAGCGAGCCUUGAUGAAGGACACCCUGGAGGGUCUGCAGGAGCGGGUGGGCCUGCUGGACUCCACCCUCGAACAGCAAUGCCACUCCAUGAGGGACAGACUCCAGGAGCACUUAAACUUCCAGAAUGAACUCCGAAUGCUGUUCACAACUUUGAGCGAGAGCAAACACCUGCUGCUGCAGAAGAUGGCUGCAACGGUGGACAGGCCCGCAGCCAAGCAGAUUGAGACGUUAUCAGAAGUGGAGGACAGUCUGAGGGACUUAGAGCAGAGAGUGACAGAGCUGAAGACCAAAGAUGAAGGGCUACAAUCUGAUCGCCUCACCCACCAGGAACUCCUCAAACUACAGGACGCAUACGAAGAGCUGCUGCUGAUGGUGGGCUCCAGACGCGGCGGCCUCAACAGAGCCCUGUCCCUCAAGGCUCAGUACGAAGCGGCGCUCCGAGACCUCACAGACCUGGUGGACACGGCCCAGGACAAGAUGGCUGCAGACCAGAAAAUGACCGUCGCCUCCGUCGUUGAGGUCCAAUUGUUACUGGACAAACACAAAGAGUUUUUCCAGAGUCUUGAAUGUCACAUGAUCCUCACUCAGACCUUCUACAGCAAGGUGUCUGGAUUGGUGGCGCCGCGGGAAAGCCAGGUCCUCGAGGAGACCAUGUCUUCAGCUGACAGUGUCCUCAAACAGGCCCACAGGAGAGGGAUGGAAUUGGAGGGCAUCCUGGAGUCAUGGACCAGGCUUGUGGAAGACUACCAAGCCCUGUGUAGACAACUAGAGUCUGUCGAGUGCAGCAUCCCCACGGUGGGCCUAGUGGAGGAGACCGAGGAGAGGCUCUUUGAGAGGAUCAGUCUCUACCAGCGUCUGAAGGCCAGUCUGACCGAGCAUCAGCCCCAACUGUAUCAAGUCCUGGAGGAGGGUAAGAGGCUACUUCUGUCCGUCAGCUGUUUGGACUUGGAGAACCAACUGACCCAGCUGGGAGAACACUGGCUCUCAUCCACGACCAAAGUCAAUAAGGAGCUGCACCGCUUCGACUCCACGCUCAAGCACUGGAGCAGGUACCAAAGGGAGUCAGCAGAAUUGAACCAAUGGUUACAGUUGGCUCUGGACAGACUUGAGUUUUGGACUAAGCAAUCGGUCACUGUGCCUCAGGAGUUGGAGACCGUCAGGGAUCACCUCUGUGCCUUCCUGGAGUUUUCCAAGGAGGUGGAUGCCAAGUCAUCGUUGCGUUCUUCUGUUCUGAGCACGGGCAACCAGCUGCUGCGACUGAAGCGGGUAGACACGGCCGGUCUGAGAACAGCCCUGGGCCACGUGGACUCUCAGUGGGCCGGGCUGCUCACCCGCAUUCCCAUCGUCCAAGAGAAGCUCCAUCAGCUUCAGAUGGAGAAGUUGCCGUCGCGGCACGCCAUCGCCGAGCUCAUCAGCUGGAUCGCGCUUAUGGAGAACAUCAUAAACGAAGACCAGGACAAGAUCGCUGGAGCUGUGGGCUCAGAGGUGGUCCAGAACUUCUUGCAAAAGUACAAGGGGUUCCGAAUUGACCUGACAUGCAAACAGCUGACUGUGGACUUUGUCAGCCAGUCGGUGCUGCAGAUUAGCAGUCAGGACGUAGAGGGAAAGCGAAGCGAUAAAACCGACUUUGCGGAGAGCCUUGGGGCUAUGAACAGACGAUGGCAGAUCCUCCAAGGACUCAUCACGGAAAAAAUUCAGCAUUUAGAAGGACUUCUGGAAAGUUGGCUAGACCACGAGAACGGAGUCCAGGCCUUGAAAACGUGGCUGACGCUCCAUGAGGAGAAACUGAAGAAGAGACACAGGAUAGAGGAUGUUGCAUCAGUGCAGAAUGCGCUAAAAGAUUGUCAGGAGUUGGAGGAACUCGUGAAGGAGAAAGUGAAGGAUCUAGAGAAGGCCGAGGAACGAGGAAACGCUCUCAUCCAGGAUAAAAAAGGAGAAGCUUGCGCUGUUGUCAAGGAGACCCUCAAAGGACUCAACCAAUCCUGGGCUCAAUUAAACCACAUGAUAAGUCAGAUGAAGGUGAGCCUCCGCUCAGUGCUGGAACAAUGGACCUUAUACAGACGUGCGGCGCAGGAGAUCGAUGGCUACCUGAUGGAGGGCAGGUACUGCGUGUCCCGGCUGCACCUCAUCAGUGGCUCCUUGGAGGCCGUGCAGCAGCAGGUGGAGACUCUGGAGAACCUCCAAGAGGAGAUGGAAAAGCAGGAGACAAGUUUACUCAAGUUUGGCUCCGUCACCCAGCAGCUCCUCACCGAGUGCCACCCGUGCGUGGCGGAAACGCUGAACAGGGCCCUGCGGGACGUCAACGUGAGGUGGAACGAUCUACUGGAGCAGAUUUCAGAGCAGCUUAGGAACAGUAAAACUUUGCUGGGGCUGUGGCAGCAGUACAAAGAAUUAUCCGCCACUUGCGUGAAAGCAGUGGAGAGGCAGGAGGGGCGCGCCGACCGCCUGCUCAAGAGCGCCACCGACAGGGACAUCACAGAAGAGGAGACCAGCGCCUGGAUGACGGACUGCGAUGAGUGUCUUCGUGAGCAGGAAUCCGCGCAGCAUUCCCUGCAGCAGCUGCAAAUGCUGGGAGAGCAGCUGAGGAGGCGAGUGGACGCCUACUCGUAUGCAGCCCUGCAGUCGGACCACAUGUCGCUGAUGCAUCGCUUGCUGGCGCUGCCACACUCGCUCCACAGGCAGCAGGAGGCGCUGCAGUGUGGAAGUCGGGCCUGCGGGGGGUUCAGGGACCAGUUGGACGCCCUCGUUGAAACGGACGCCGAGGCCUCGCAAGUGUUGAAGGAAUCGGAGCAGCUAGGCUCACCAGCGCUUAGUGACAUUCAAACACGUAUGGACAAACUGAAGGCUCCCCUGUCCAAGCUCAGCAGUCUGUCUCCAGACUUGGAGCGCGUCAACGUGCUCAUGUACAGAUUGCCGCUCAGCGACGGAGACUUGAAGCGUCUGCAGUGUCUGAACAGGGCGUGGGCGUCUCACUCGGCUCUCCUCAGCGAGAGGUUCAGUAAACUGCAGGCAGGGCUGCUCCUGCACCAGACUUUCCUCCAGAAGUGCGAAGCCUGGAUGGAUUUCCUGUCUCAGGCAGAGCAAAAACUGGCCGUCGAGAUUUCGGGCAACUACCAGAGUCUGCUGGAGCAGCAGCGAGAGCACGAGUUGUUCCAAGCAGAGAUGUUCAGCCGACAGCAAAUUCUUUACUCCAUUGUCAGCGAUGGUCACAGUAUGCUGGACCAAGGCCAAGUGGAUGAUGGAGAUGACUUCAGUGUGAAGUUGGCUCUGCUGGCCAACCAAUGGCAGGGCGUGGUGAGGCGCGCCCAGCAGCGCAGGGGCAUCAUCGACAGUCUGCUGCACCAGUGGCACGGCUACCACGAGAUGUCGGACAAGUUGCUGCGCUGGCUCCAGGACGUGUCGCGCGAGCUGGACGCGCAUCACCCCGGAGGGGAACCGGUCGCCCUGCAGCAGGCCAGGAACCUGCUGGAUCAAAUACAACUGCGCGAGCGCGUCCUCCAGAGGCAGCAGGGAAGCUACAUCGUGACGGUGGAGGCCGGCAGGAGCUUGCUGCUGUCGGCCGACGCCCGGGCCGAGUCGGCGCUGCAGACGGAGCUGAUGGAGAUUCAGGAGAGGUGGAGGCACGCCCACCACCGCCUGGAUCAGCGGAGGAAGGAGCUGCACACUCUGCUCAAGAAUUGGGAGCGAUGCGAGAGAGGCAUCGACGCCUCGCUGGAGAAACUCCGAGCGUUCAAGAGGAAGCUGUCGACGCCGCUGCCGGACCAUCAAGACGAGCUGCACGCCGAGCAGAUGAGAUGCAAGGAGCUGGAGAACAGCGUGGAGGGCUGGAGCGAUGACCUCACUUCCUUGUUCCUCCUGAGGGACGCCUUGGUGGGCGUGAUCGGUAGCAAUGACGUCACGCUGCUCCAAGAGCGCCUCCAGCUUCUCCAGCGCCAGUGGGAGGAAGUCUGCCACCAGCUCUCCCUGCGCAGGCAGCAAGUAAGCGAGAAAUUGAACGAGUGGGCCGUGUUCAACGAGAAGAACAAGGAGCUUUGCGAGUGGCUGACGCAGAUGGAGAACAAAGUCUCUCAAAAUGGAGACAUCAGCAUCGAGGAGAUGAUCGAGAAGCUGCGCAAGGACUACCAGGAAGAGAUCGGCGUGGCUGAGGAGAACAAGCAGCAGCUGCAGCUCAUGGGACAGCGCUUGGCCCGGUCCAGCCAGGAAAGCAAAGCGGCCGACAUACAGCACAAACUCAAUAAAGUCAGCGAGCGCUGGACACACCUCCUCGACCUCAUCGCGGCCAGGGUGAAGAAGUUGCGGGAGACCCUUGUGGCCGUGCAACAGCUGGAGAAAAACAUGAGCAGCCUGCGCUUGUGGCUGGCUCACAUCGAGACCGAACUAUCCAGGCCCAUCGUCUACGACACGUGCGACGAGCAGGAGGUCCACAGGAAGCUCAACCAGCAGCAGGCGCUGCAGAAAGAUAUUGAGAAGCACAGCACGGGCGUGGCGUCCGUCUUGAACCUGUGCGAGGUGCUGCUGCACGACUGCGACGCCUGCUCCACUGAGAGUGAGUGCGACUCCAUCCAGCAGGCCACCAGGGGCCUGGAUCGACGCUGGAGGAACAUCUGCGCCAUAUCGAUGGAGAGGAGGCUCAAGAUUGAGGAGACCUGGAGGUUAUGGCAGAAGUUUUUGGAUGAUUACUCCCGCUUUGAGGAGUGGUUAAAGUCUUCUGAGAGAACAGCGGCGAUGCCUAACUCUUCAGGAGUCAUCUACACUGUGGCCAAAGAGGAACUCAAGAAAUUUGAGGCUUUCCAGCGGCAAGUGCAGGAGUGCCUGACCCAGCUGGAGCUGAUCAACAAGCAGUACCGCCGCCUGGCCCGCGAGAACCGCACCGACGUGUCCUGCCGUCUCAAGGAAAUGGUGCAUGAUGGGAACAGGAGGUGGGACAACCUGCAGAAGAGGGUGGCCGCCAUCCUGCGGCGUCUCAAGCACUUCAUCAACCAGAGGGAGGAGUUUGAGACGGCCCGAGACAGCAUCCUGGUGUGGCUGACCGAGAUGGACCUCCAACUCACCAACAUCGAGCACUUCUCCGAGUGCGACGUGCAGGCCAAGAUUAAACAGCUCGAGGCGUUCCAGCAGGAGAUCCACUUGAACAUGGGCAAGAUCGACAUGGUGUUCAGGCAGGGCGACGCUCUGAUCGAAAAGAGCGAACCCCUGGACGCCGCCGUGAUCGAAGAGGAGCUCAACGAGCUGCAGAGGUACUACCAGGAGGUCUUUGGAUGCGUCAACAGAUACUACAAGAAGCUUACGCGUUUACCUCUGGCAGACGACGAGCUGGACGCUUCCGACGCAGAGGACGGCGCCGACCUCUCCGAGCUGCAUUGGUGCGACCUGCCGCCGACGCGCACCUCCGGCCGUCCGGCGUCGGCGGCGGCCACCCUCGUUCGGGCGGAACGCUCGGGCCGCGACACGCCGGCCAGCGUGGACUCCAUCCCGCUGGAGUGGGACCACGACUACGACCUGAGCCGAGGUCUGGAGAGCCCGAGGGAUCGCAGCCACAGGGGAAGGAGUCGAGGGCAAGAGGAAGAGGAGGUUUAUAUGAGGACGGCUACUGCUGUGCUGUCAGACGUAGUUAUUCCAGAGAGUCCCGAGGCCUAUAUAAAACUGACUGAGAACACAUUGAAAUCAUCCUCCGGCGAUCCGGGACAGCUGGAGGCCAGCCUCAGACAACUGGACCAGGCUCUGGACGCAACACGGUACCAGCUGCAAGCCAGAGAAGACGCCGCCAGCCACUCCAUCCCUGACACUGACUCCACAUACAUGGGCUAUAUGCGUCUGAUGGGAGAGUGUCGCGGCAGCAUAGACGCGGUCAAGCGAGCCGAGGAAGAGCUGACUGAGGACGAUGAUGAAAUGCCGGGACUCGCCAACCCGACAGGCGCUGACAGCCAGAAUGCAGGCGUGAUCGAGCGCUGGGAGCUACUGGAGGCUCAGUCGCUGAGUGACAAGCACAAGCACAAGCAGAACCUGCAGCAGUGGCAGCAGCUCAUCUCGGACCUGCAGACCAUGCGGGCGUGGCUGGGUCGCUGCGAGGCCGAACUGGGCCAGAUGCGAGGCAUGGACCUCGGCACGGACAUCCAGACCAUCCAGCAGAACAUCAAGAAGCUCAAGGAGCUGCAGAAGGGGAUGGACACCCACAAGUCGAAGGUCCUGUCGGUCAACCUGAGCAGCGCCGGCUUCCUCCAGUCGGAGCCCGACUCCGAGGAGGCGUGGGAGCUGCGGGACGCCCUGAAGGAGAUGAACGCCCACUGGGAUCGCCUGGGCGCCUCGCUUGAGGAGUGGAGGGAGGAGCUGCACAGAGCGCUCAUGCAGUGCCAGGAGUUCCACGAGAUGAGUCACGGUCUGCUGCUGUGGUUGGAGAACAUCGACCGCAGGAGGAACCAGGUGGUGCCCGUGCCGCCGAACCUGGACUCGGAAACGCUACGAGCUCAUCACAAGACGCUCACGCAAAUUAAGCGCGAGCUGCUGGACUCGCAGCAGACGGUAUCGUCCCUCCAGGAGCUGUCGGCUCUGCUGCUGGUCAGCACCACGGCGGCGGCGGAGACGCUCCGCCCCUCCUUGGGCGGGGAGCGUCUGGAGGCGCAGGAGAAGGUCCACGUCAUCUGGAACAGGCUGCGGCUGCUCCUGCGCGAGGUCGACGGGGACCUGGAGGUUCUGCGGGGGCGACUGGAGAGCCGGGGCCCGCAAAAGGAUUUCUUACCGCUGCCCGUCGGCAAAUCGAGCAUCGGCGUUGCGUCCACGCCUGCUCCUUCAGAGGCGACCAGUCAAAGUUGGAGACCGUUGCCCCGAGGCAAAAGUAGUCAGGCCCCACCCGGACCCCCCGAGAGCGGCCCGCUCCACAGCCGCAGGAGGUCACCCACCGGCGCCGCUGGCUGCGUUUCCUCCCGUUCUGACCUCCCCGACGGCGUCUCGCCGCCGUCCUCCCCCUCCACCAAGCAUCCGUCCUUCCUGCAGAGGGUCCUGAGGGCGGCGCUGCCCGUGCAUCUGCUCCUCCUGCUCCUCAUCGCCCUGGCCUGCAUGGUGCCCAUGAGCCAGGAGGACUACAGCUGCCACCACGCCAACAACUUUGCCCGCUCCUUCCACCCCAUGCUUCGCUACACCAAUGGACCUCCACCCAUAUAGCUGCUUUUGUUUAUUUUUUUUUUAAUCUCAAGGACUUUUGUGAAUGUGCCCUUUUCACCCUGUGCCCUACACCAACAUGAUACGACGACGAGGACCAAUAUGUCAACGGCCCUUUAAGAAGUACUUAUGAACUUUCAUUAAUUUUUUUAUUUUGCUACGUGUGUAUGUAUAUAUAUAUAUAUAUAUAUACAUAUCUAUAAAUGAAGGUUGUUGUUUUUUCCCCAAUGAGGAGGAACAAAGCAGUAUUUAUAUGCACUCAAUGGGAGCCAAAGUCGUCUACUUUCUUCCCAGUGCUGCUACUAUUUAUUGGGUUCAAUCAGCUAUGAAGAUUAUUCAAAUGUGUACUUUUAAUAACGAAUAAACACCACAAAUACCCACUUGGAAAUUUAAAGAAUAACAACGUGACUCCUAUUAAAAAAAACACUUUUUUUUAUGUGCUAAAGGUAUCCGGAUGUUAAUUCCCUUCCGGGAUGACAGGAUGUUGCGGCCAGCUAGCUAGCUAGCUAACUUGGGACGUUCAAUAGCUACGUUGUCAAGUUAACUAGAAAAAAAAAAAGAAAAUUCGUUCUUUCGCUUUAAACCUUGUGUUUUCUUUUUCCCCACGUUUUUGGUAACUUUUUAAGAAGCGUCGGAACACUCGCUGUUUGAAAGGUACACGCACUGACGAACUGAAAAGUUGAGCCUUUGAACGGUAAUAAUGCCCGACUUCUCCCCGCCAAAUGACAAGGCUUGUAUUCCUAUUUUAUUCUUUUUUUUUUUUUGUAUUGUACUAUUUAAUCAGUCGGGGCAAUUGUGAUGAAAGCUAUUUUCAUUCAUUUUUGAUGCAAGUUUAUUUAACAAACAAAAAUCUUGUUGACGCACGCACUUAAUUGAAAGUCCCCAAACGAAAGCCACAAUGACUGGUUGUGAGGCUCAUAAUGACCUAUUAUUAUUAUUAUUAAGAUAAUUAUUCCUGGGUUAUCAGGACAUUUGGACUCCUCACUUUGUUGAAACACGACAGUGUGUAAAAAAAAAAAAAUAUGAAAAUGGUUAUUUAUGUUUGUACAGUUUGCUAACACUGAAUACUCUUUGCAAAUAAAACAG